UUGAACUCUGGCGUUAAACAAACUCAUACUUUCAACAAACUCAGAUAUCAUUCAGACAACCUAGAUCGCUCAGACAACUUAAUUUUCCCUCAACCAACUCAGAUCUCCCUCAAACAACUCAGAUCUUCCUCAACCAACUCAGAUCUCCCUCAACCAACUCAGAUCUCCUUCAACCAACUCAAAUCUCCCUCAACCAAUUCAAAUCUCCCUCAACCAAUUCAUCAGAACUCAGAUCUUCCUCAACCAACUCAUCAGAACUCAGAUCUCCCUCAACCAACUCAUCAGAACUCAGAUCUCCCUCAACCAACUCAUCAGAACUCAGAUCCCUCAACCAACUCAUUACCAAAUCAGAUCCCCCUCAAUACCCCUCAAAUCACAUCAGACAACUCAUUACCAACACAGAUCCCAAUCCAUCUCCCACAACCUACUCAGAUCUUCCUCAUUCCAACUCAUUACCAAAUUAGAUUCCCACAUUGCGAACUCAGAUCUCACUUAUACCAUAUUAUUCUUAUCCUUAACUUUGUAUUGUCUGAAUAA